AUGGCCUUCAACCAUAUCGCAGUCCCGAUGAGCGACUCAACGCCAGCCACUGCUCCACCAGCAGGUGUGACGUCGAACUUCACCAACCCUGCUACCUUGGAACACCUUAUGAGGAAUAUGAUAUAUGUGCUUUUGCCAGUCAUAGUAUGCCAUGUACUGCUGAGACUUGUCACAGGAAUUGGAAUAAGACAGAAAGGGUUUGCGUGGGACGACUAUCUCUGCUACAUUGCCCUGGCUACCAACAUUGCUUGGGCCGGCACCCUUCUAGCUCUCGCUGGCAGUCCUUUAGGACCUCAUCAAUGGGAUGUUCAAGCAAUCGAUAUUUCCGAGCGUUUCAUUGCGCUUACGUUCUUGAGCAUCCUUUUGUACCUCAUCACGAACGCUAUAAUCAAGAACAGCUUUUUUAUACUCUACUGGAGACUUUUUGAAGGCUUCGUAGAGGUAAAAUGGCCUUUGAUGAUAGGAAUCGUUACUAUCACGUCCUUCUAUCUAGUCAACGUCGCCCUAUACACCUCGAUCUGUUUCCCUCAACCUGGAGAGUCGUGGAUCAAGGCAUCCAUCUCCAGCCACUGUGUAAAGGCAAACUUCCAGUUAUCCGCUACUUCUGGGGUAUUUGGCGUCGUCAGCGAUUUCUACGUAUUCCUGCUUCCUAUUAUUUUCCUCCAGAAGGUACCCACGUCGUGGAGAAUAAAGUGUGGCUUACUGGGCGUAUUUGCCUCCGGUCUAUUGGCUUGUAUAUGCUCCUUAAUUGGACUUUACUACCGAGUUAAAGUACAAGGUUCAGAUGACUCCACCUGGGUACAAGUCCCAGUAUAUGCUUUGGGAAUAGCCGAAAUCAACGUAGGCAUCAUGUGCGCCUGUAUGCCUGUAAUAUAUACCAAUCUCAAAGGUCUCCCAACGAAACUACGUUCAGGGCUAGAAUCGGUCCUUUCGAUAGUUGGUUUAUCGAACGGCAGUGGUGGGCACACAAAUAGGGAACAAAUAUCGGAUGAUGAUAAUGAAAGAGAUAUUGAUGGGAAGGACUUCCAUAGACAGGAGCCAUUCCCAGCAUCUUCGCAUCGCAUUGACUCAUACCCUCGACAGACAGUAUUUCACCUGGACGAGAAUUCGCCUCCCGAGCAAACAAUCAUGCGUGAAGACUCCUACAUUGUCACAUCAGUCUCGACGGUAGAUUCAUAUGAAGAAAUAGAAUUAAUGCCGACUCAUCAGGCAUGGAUCCACGGUGGCGGUUCGAAGCGAACAUAG